AUGGGUGACAACCCUAGAGGACGUGGACGUGGUGAUCGCGGUCGGGGGGAUCGUGGUCGUGCCUCCGAUGGUGGUCGCGGUCGCGGUCGCGGUGACUUACCCUUCCGCCCAGCUGGCAGAGGAGAUGGGGAUCGUGGGGGUUUCCGCGGGGACUUUCGAGGCCGCGGUGGUGACAGAGGUCGUAGUGACUUUCGUGGCCGUGGUGACUUCCGUGGUCGCGGCAGAGGAGAUGGUGGUGGACGUGGACGCGGGGAUUUCAGUGGACGCGGCCGUGGAGGACGCGGUGGAGUUAUGAACUACGGCCCUCCCAUUUUCAGACAAGGCGAGCCUAUUCCACAACCUAGCACCGUGGUUACCAAGACCGAGCAUGAUAUCGCCAAAGCCCUCGCUAUCAACGGUGCAAAGGCUCCCAGACAAGCUAAAUAUCCCGAACGUCCUGGUUACGGCACUGUCGGCAGGCCGGUGACUUUAUAUGCCAACUACCUGCCCUUGACCCUGCCUAACAAGCAGCUGUUCCGCUAUCAUAUUACGAUCGCGGCCGACGCUGCGGGCCGAACUGCACCAGUGGGCAAAAAGGCCCGGCAGGUCGUGUCUCUGCUGUUGGAAGAGCACUUCGCCCAGCAGAAAAGCAGCAUUGCGUCGGACUUCCGCUCUACGCUUGUGUCUUGUGUCAAGCUGACGGAGGGUUCCUUCGAUGUGCGAUAUAAGGAGAAUCUGCUGGAUGAUUACCCAGAAGCUCCCCGUGUGCACAAGGUCACGGUGCAGCACACUGGUGAGGUCAACCCGGCUGACUUGCUGAACUACUUGACUUCCGCCAAUGCCAGUGCGAUCUUGGACUCUAAGUCUGAUAUCCUCACUGCUCUGAACAUAAUCUUGGGACACCACCCUAAGACCGACGACAGUGUCGUCUCUGUCGGAGCUAAUAGACACUAUAGUCAUCGCGAAGGUAUCAAGGAGUCAUACAACCUCGGCGGCGGCCUGUCAGUUCUCCGUGGAUUCUUCGUCAGUGUGCGUGCCGCCACAGCUCGCGUCCUCUUGAACGUGCAGGUCAAGUACCUCGCCUGCUACGAUGAAGGACCCCUGGCCAAUAUGAUCCAAAGCUACGGCGGCCGGAACACAUAUCUUCUAGAGAAGUUCCUCAAGAGCGUCCGCGUCCGUAUCACGCACAUCGCCCGUAAGAACAGCCGCGGUGAGUCCCGUCCUCGCAUUAAGCCUAUAUAUGGACUUGCCAACCGCGGUGACGGUGGUAAAUCGCCCAACGCACCCAAGGUUGCUCGCCAUGGUGCAGGUCCUGCUGAGGUGGAAUUCUUCCUUGCCGAAGCUGGCCCUAAGCCUGGCCCGCCUAGCGGUGCGCCAAAGCCCAAAGGGAAAAAAGCACCCAAGGCCGGUCCUGCGGAGCCUGGACGCUGGAUCACCGUUGAAGCCUUCUUCAAAAAGGAGUACAACCUCUCUUUGAACCUAGGUUUGCCAGUGGUCAAUGUCGGAUCUCGCGAGAAGCCUGUCUAUCUUCCUGUUGAGGUCUGCGAGGUCGAGCCUGGUCAGCCAGCCAAGUCGAAGCUGUCCGGUGACCAGACUGCCCAGAUGCUCCGCUUCGCCGUGAUGGGUCGUAAGCCAGGCCAGAACGCGCACUCCAUCGUUACUAAGGGUGUUGGUGCCCUAGGACUGGAGCCUUUGAACUCCACUCUGUCUGCCUUCGGUGUCAGCUCCUCCACAGAGCUCAUCACCGUUCCUGGUCGCGUCCUCCCAGCACCAAGCGUCUUCUACAAGAACGGCAAGCGAACCAAGGAAAUCCGAACUAUGGCUGGCAGCUGA